UUUUAGCUACAUACACCACGGGUAUCCUUACACAGGAAGUCAACCCACAUUUUUCAAACUGUGGGUCACGCAAAGGCACUUGGUAGUUCUAGUUAAUGACACAAAAUGUCCUAUUAAUGACUGGGUAUUUUGGGAUUGCAAUUAAACUUACAUUUAAUUUAUACAAUGGAAAUGAUAAACUACUUUUUUUCUAAAAGAGAACACAUUUCUUUUUGUAUUUCUAAAUGAGUUUUUUCUGCAUAUUUCUAUAAAAAAUUGGUGGGUCGUGAGAAAGAUUAUAACCGUUUAAGUGGGUCACGUCAUGAAAAAGUUUGAGAACCACUUUGGGUUAUUUUGAAGCUUAAAGGGUUUUUUGGUUACUAUGCAUGUGGAUGGUGACCCAGGUGGUCACCAUAUGCUCCCAUGGUAACCAGAAAACCCAAACAACACUGCAUCUGGGUUCUGAAGAACAAGGAAAGACAUUUGGGAUUCAAACGACAUAAGGGAAAGGACUAAAGGUGUGUGUCAUUCACUGCAGGAUUUCAGAUGUUGGGCUUGUGUUUGCAUCACACACUCUGCACGCGCUGCUGAAGGUCGGACCGAGCGCACUCUGAUCGGAUGGAUUGAUCAGGAUGUGGAGGAGUCAUCUUCAGAUCGCUCAAAUACAAACACUACUGCUCCUGGUUUCAUUGGGUUUUACUCUUUUUGGAUCUUCAGUCCAAUCUGAGGAACAUCUAGAUCAUCACGUCCGAACAGGCAGAUGUGAGGUGGUGGCAUUACAUCGAUGCUGUAAUAAGAACAAGAUUGAGGAACGCUCCCAGACUGUUAAAUGCUCGUGUUUCCCGGGUCAAGUAGCUGGAACCACCAGAGCAUCUCCCUCCUGUGUGGAUGCAUCUAUAGUCCAACAGAAGUGGUGGUGUCAGAUGGAGCCGUGUCUAGAUGGAGAAGAAUGUAAAGUUCUGCCGGACUUCAAAGGUUGGAGCUGUGCUACUGGAAACAAGAUCAAAACCACAAAGAUCUCCUCAGACCGGGAUCAGCUCUGGUAACCGCUGGAAACCAGAUACAGAUGGAGAAUCUGAGGUGUCAGUCUCACUUUAACAUGAGAAACACAGCGAAUGGAAGCAGAGACUCCUGCAAGUGUAAAGAUGAAUAUCAGGGAAGAGUCAGAUAAUAAAUGAUAAAGCUGUUGUGACUGAUCUGCUGGGAUUGAUCAGAUCAGAUCAGAUCUCUUUCAUUCUGUCAUCUGCAGUGAGAUCUUUCAUCCUCGGCUCAUGGUACUUGAUAAAAACCUGAUCAAAACAUCAACUUUAUUCAAUAUAAAGAAUGAGGAAGAGUUUGAUACUUUAGUUUUUUUGAAGUUCUAAUAUGAAUGUUGAUGUUUCCUCAUUGUGCUGUUUAUAUAUCUAUGAGAGAUUAAUACAAACUACUGCAGGUUUAGAGGAUUUUCCUCUGUCUAAAUAAUAUAUAAUGCUUCUAAUAAACUUUCAUUGGUUGAAUCUAA